GGUCGCAGGAACUCGGUCGACUACCGUCGCUCCGCGGAGAUCGUCGCCGGCGCGCCGCCAGCUUUCGACUGGCGUUCGACGUCGCCAAACCCGUACCCGAAGCACAUGCUCCCGCCGUUAAAUGUAGGUCCAUCGGAAUUUGCCCGUGGAGGAGAUUCUGCACGACUACGAGCAGUCAUUCCCAGGGCAGGUCCGAACCCCAGCCAGAGCCAGAUACUACAGUCGACGAGGUUUAUGAGCGGCCAGGCCGGCAUUGGUGCACAGGGACGCAGUCCCAGAUCGCAGCCAUUCGCGCCGCCAUCGCGCAGCACUGAACGGUGCCCCGCCCCCAGCACUCGACGAGAUGGCGAGCAGGUACCAACUGCCGCCGCUACGCAUCGCGAUUCGUAAGGCGAACAAGGUGUGUGCGAGCUCGAUUGAACUGAGUCAGCAGGAGCCGGUCGCGUUGGCGGACCAAGGCAAGAAAUCCGAGGUGAAGAAGUGAAGCGCAACGGUCAAGACUCGGAAACGUCGGCAAGCGGCCAGCGCAUGCGAGUGAGACGAAGGCGUGAAACGGGCGCGAGUGCGGUAUGCAGGGUGCGGGCGGGCGCUGUACGCAGGAAGC